AUGUAUGUUAAACAACAACAACCACAACAACAACAACCAGUGGGCUAUGUACAACCAUAUCAAUUGGAAACAGAUAAAUGGAGAGAAAAAUUUCCAGCAUCUGUACCGAGUCUUUUGGCCGUGUUACAAUUAUUACUGACAUUGAGCAUCGUAGGCUUAGAAGCGGCUAGUGUUUACUAUGAUUUAGUGCAUGGUACUAUCUAUGCUGGAUUUUGGUGUUCAGCAAUAUUUACUAUUUCAUGGAUCGCGAUGUUUGGUCUUCGUAAGUUGGAUGUUGUUAUAUAUUACUAUCAUCCCUUUCUUUCCUGA